AUGAAGGACUGGUGGGAAUCAUACUCAUUCAGUGGUUCAGCUAGCUUCGUUUUGGCUAAAAAGUUUCAAACUCUCAAAGAGAACAUAAAGGCUUGGAACAUAGACGUUUUUGGCAAGGUUGAUAGGCAGAUAGAAAGCAUCUUAGCGGAACUUGCUACUUUGGACAGCAUGACUGAUAAUGGGAGCAUCACUGAUCUUCAAACUGAGCGAAAGGUGCAGAUCCAACAUGAUUUUGAAGUUCUAGCAGAUAGAAGGAACAUGAUGUAUCUUCAAAAGAGUGGCAACUCUUGGAAUCUAGAUGGUGAUAGAAAUACGAAAUUCUACCACAAGAUUGUUAAAAUGAGGCGUAGAAGAAACACAAUUCACUCACUGAAAGUAAACGGGCAGCUGUCAAAGGAUAAAGAUCUCAUUAAGUCUUCCAUAACCAAGUACUUAUCCUCUUUGUUUGCGAAGACGACAUCUCCUAAGCCCUCUAUUGUUGGUAUGAAAUUUAAAACUCGAAAUUCAGCCAUAUCUUCUGGGCUGGAAUCUGAAAUUUUGGAAAGUGAUUGCUUAGCGGCUCUUAAAGGUUUGGGUCAAGAUAAGGCUCCCGGCCCCGAUGGAUUUCAGGUGGCAAUUAUCUUGAAAUGUUGGCAUUUUAUGGGGGGUGGUGUGCAAAUUGAUUUCGAAAAAGCUUUUGACCACAUCUCAUGGGAGUUUGUGGACGAAGUUUUGGAGAAGAUGGGGUUAGGCGGUCUUUGGAGGAGAUGGAUUCAGGGCUGCAUCUCCAAUACUCCUAUCUUUGUUCUUAUAAAUGGUUCGACUCACUCGAAAUUCAUCACAGGAAAAGGGCUAACUCAAGGUGAUCCGCUCUCUCCUUUUCUAUUCUUAAUAGUUUCCGAAACUUUAAAUAUUAUGUUUCAGUUAGGUCAUGAAAUGGGUCACUUGGGAGGGUUAGCAAUGGAUCAAAAUGGCUUUAAAAUUAGUCAUUUGCAAUAUGCAGAUGACACUUUGGUCUUCUUGGAUGAUUUUUACAGAACAAAUGGACUUUCUUAG